GUUUAGCCAGUCAGGAUUUUUUUUCUCCUUUGUUUUGAUGUCUGCAUUGUUUUACCUUUACCUACUCUGAAUUUCACCUUUCCCUCUCAGUUGCUCAGUAUCAGGAGGUCCUUCAGAACCCUUACCAUAAGCUCUAUCUUUACUACCUCAGGCCAAUUUAACAUUGCUAACAAACUCCUCAAAGUGUCCUCUUGGAGGGGUCAGUCUUACUGUGUUUAUCUUGCACUGCUUGCAUCUGCUUCCAGCUCCUGAUGGCUUUGGGAAGAGCCUAGGGAAGGAGGGUUGGAGUGCUCUGCUGCCAUGAGAGUGCUCCUUGUGCAAUGGGGUUUAUUCAUCCUCUUGAAGGCUUCUUGGAUAAGCACAGAGAGAGGAGAAGCAGCUGGAACUGACCCUGGAGGCACUCAUCAGUCAGGUGGCCGACCUGAAGAAUUCCUUGGUCAGUUUUAUCUACAAGCUGGAGAAUGAGUAUGACCGCCUUACAUGGCCUUCAGUUCUGGACAGCUUUGCACUGCUCUCAGGACAGCUGAACACCUUGAAUAAAGUGCUAAAGCAUGAGAAGACCCCGCUACUGCGAAACCAGGUGAUCAUCCCCCUCGUGCUGUCUCCAGACCGCGAUGAGGAGAUCAUGCGGCAGACAGAGGGGCGUGUGCCGGUGUUCAGCCAUGAAGUCGUGCCCGACCAUCUUCGAACUAAGCCUGACCCUGAGGUGGAGGAGCAGGAGAAGCAGCUGAUCACAGAUGCAGCUCGAAUUAGCCCUGAUGCAGCACAGAAACAGAUCCAAAGUCUGAACAAAAUGUGCUCAAAUUUGCUGGAGAAAAUCAGUAAGGAGGAGCGUGAAUCUGAAAGUGGAGGUUUAAGACAGAACAAGCAGACUUUCAACCCUGCAGAUACCAAUGCACUGGUAGCAGCUGUGGCCUUUGGGAAAGGGUUGUCAAACCGGAGACCCCCAGGCUCUGGGGCAUCUGUCCAGUCGGGCCAGCCAGGAGCUGGUGCCAUCAUUGCAGGUGCUUCAGGCAUGCAGCAGGUCCCAAUGACAGGUGCACCAGCUCAGCAGCAGCCAAUGCUGGCAGGAGUGCAGAUGGCACCAGCAGGACAGCCAGGAAAAAUGCCGAGUGGCAUAAAAACAAAUAUAAAAUCUGCCUCAAUGCAUCCGUAUCAGAGAUGAGCUGAGAUGAACCAGACCUGGGGAACAGCAAUAUUUGUUACUGCUGCAGGCACCCCACCUGGAUUCCUUCUAGGACUUCCAAGUCCCUUCACGUAUCCACACACCAUAUCUGGGAAGACAGGGUUUAUAAGGCCCUUCCGUGGAUUUUAUUUAGUGCUGGGUGGCUUGUGUGGAGCUGCUGCUGGCAAUGUCUCCUGGACACAAGUACAUCUCUGCUUAGCCAGAGCAGAGGACUUUGCUUCUGGUAUUAAUGCCAUCUUUUCCAGGUCUGGCCUGGAGGAUAACAACCCUUUCCUGAUGGAGAGCCUGAAGAACAGAGCUCCUUGUUUCUGCUUGUUCACUCGGUAUACUCUUUCUUUACUCCAUCUUGUUUAAUAAAGACCUUGUUAUGUUAACUGUGA